UAAUGAGGAAACAAAAGUCUAUAAAUAAUUAUUAAUCACAUGAACAUCAAUUUCAGCGAUAAUUCUAAAGUUUCUAUUAGAAAUAUAAAGCCAGGAACAAUGGGUCAGGAUCUGAUCAAUUUCUUUAGCAUUCACGAUUUAUCUGUUGUUUAUGCUACCAUAAAAGCUUGCCACCGGAAUCCUUUGAAUGUUUCAAGCAAUGUAUUGUUUGAAACUGAAGAUGAUGCCACAAAAGCAUGAAAUACUUUGAAUGGAGCAGACUUUAAAGGACAGAGGAUUUAUAUUCAAAAAAUUAACUGAAAUCACGUCAAGACUGUACAAUCUGAUGUUUACGUCAAAAACCUUGAUUAUUCAGUCACUCAACAAGAUUUACUUGAAAAAUUCGGCAAAUUUGGGGAAGUGUUGUCAGCCAAGCUGGAAAAUUUUCCAAAUGGUACCUCGAAGUGAUGUGGAUAUGUUAAAUUCAAUACUUCAGAAGAAGCAGAUAUUGCAAUCAAGAUCUUAAAUCAAUCUCCUUGGAAACAGAAAAUAAUUACUGUUAGUAGUCAUGGUAGAAAGCAAAAGAGAUUCGAAAAGAGAAAUAUCUGCAUUAAAAAUCUUCCAUCACAUUUUACUGAAAGUCAUUUGGCCGAUAUAUUUGAGCUACAUGGAGAUAUUGACACAAUCACUAUUCAGCUUAUUGAUGAUGUGAAGCAAGCAACCAUUAGUUUUCUUGAUGAAAAAGAAGCAAUGGAUGCAUUUACAUCUUUAAAAGGAACAAUACCACUCGGAUUUACUAAGCCUUUAAUUAUGAAUAUGACUAGAUCAAAGCACUGAUCUUUUGAAAAGGAGAAAACUUCAAUCAUAAAGAAAGCUAAAGCAAUUUUGCCAGGCAUCGACUAUCCUUUAAGCAUGCCUAUGAUGCAGCCUAUCGAAACUGAUGCAUCAAGGUAUCACAAAGUGGAACAAAAGAGUAGGGGAAAGAUAUUUUUAAAUAAGUACCAUUACAGAAAUAAGUCAAAAUCAAAGUAUCAAUUCAGAAUACCAGAUAUGGAAUCUAUGAUCAUUCCUCCGAUGUUAAUGACUCCAAUGAGCAAACAAAACAGAUUAAUUUCCUCAAGAAACUCAUAUUCAAUGUAUCCUCAACAGAUGUAUCUUCCACGGAUGUAUCCUCCACCGAUGCAUUCUCCACAGAUGUAUCCUCCUCAGACUCGUCCUCAACCAAUUUAUCCUCCACCUAUGUGAUCUCUACCUAUGUGCCCUCCUCCAAUGCCACCUUCACAGAUGCCAGUUCCAUCAAUAAGCUCCACACCAUCAAAAAGUCCAUCUAUGAAUACUAUGGCAAUGAAUAUGCCUUCUGCACUCACUCCAAAUUCUCAGACUCCUCAACAAAUGAACACUCAACCAUCCAAGCCUUCAAUACCACCACCUCAGGUUCCUUAUUUACCUUCAGAGUCAGAACUCUGUGGCCUCUCAGUAGAAGAGAAGAAAAUUUAAUCGGUGAUAAGAUUUAUCCCUUCACUCCUCUUCCAUGUCUUCAUACCUGAGUUUUACCCUGAAGAAGCUGGGCAUAUAGUUGGGAUUAUCAUUGACUUAGAUCUCAGUCAUAGUUUCUGAGAACUCCAGUCAAAAGGAAUUUGAUGAAGCUAGCUCGAGAAGGUUACGAACUCCUGGAGUCAGAAGUAUCAUAACUGUAUUGUCUUUUAUUGACUUGUUGAAAUUCAAUUUUUCAUUGC